GCAUUAUAAAAACUUAACAAAGUGUCUGUAUUUCGAAAAGAUAGAGCGACAUUGACAAACAUGAUUAAAAUGACAUAAUUAUUGGGAAAUCCAUAGAGAGACCUAUAAUUCAUACAUAUAGCAGGAACAAAUGGAAAAGGUUCUGUAACACUUAAAAUGUGCAAAAUAAUGCAAUCAAUUGAAUCAUGUGGUUGUUUUACUUCCCCUCAUAUUUCAAGUUUUAGAGAAAGAAUUAAAGUACAUUUAUCAAAAAAAUGAGGUCAAUAAUUAAAUGAUUUCUGAAGAAUACGUAUAAGAACACUUAAAUGACUUUUUUAAUUUGGCAGAAAGGAAUAAUCUUGAAUUAACUUUUUUUGAAUAUGUGACAUGUUUAGCAUUAAAAUACUUUAAUGAUAUGCAUCUUAAAUAUGUAUCAUGGGAAACUGGUUUAGGAGGAAGAAUGGAUUCAACCAAUAUCAUCACUUCUCCUUUAAUAUCUAUAAUUACAACCAUAGGCUUUGAUCAUAUGCAUAUACUUGGGAAUACCCUCGCCUUAAUUGCCAAAGAGAAGGCUGGAAUUAUUAAGCAAAAUUGUCCUGUUGUUAUAGGGCCAAAAAGUUAGCCGUAUGAGAUUUUCAUUAAUGAGGCAAAAGAAAAAAAUGCAGAUCUCACAAUAGUUUAAGGUGAAUUCUAAGAUUUUAAUGAUGAAAACAAUGCAAUAGUAGCCGCUUCAUCAAAAAUUCUAAUGGAGAAAUAUAGUAAUAAUUUUAUUCAUAUGAGAAUUCACAUUUAAUAACUUUGAGGAGGCCUUAAAAAUUAAGUAACCUUGUAGGCUUGAAUAAUUCAGCAUAAAAAAUGAAUAAGGAAACUAUAUUAAAUUAUAUCUUGACGUUGGCCAUAAUGAAUAAGCAAUUGUAAUUAUAAAUUAAUAUGAAUUAGAAAAGUGUCUUGGAUUUGUUAAAAGAUUAAUAGAUUAUUUGUAUAUAUGGAGCUUCUAAUGAUAAAGAUAUUACUUCAUGUUUAUAACUGCUAAAAUCACAUUGUCAUUAAGUUUACAUGGUUUAGGCUAAGACUAAUAGAGCAUUUCAAAUUAAACAAUUGUUAGGUUUUGAUGAUAUCAAGGUUUUAUAUGAUGGUGAUAUUUCAAAAACUACCUUGAAUAUAGUGAAUAAAGUAUGUUAGAUCGAUUAGGCAAUAUUGGUGAUUGGAUCAUUUUAUAUAAUGGAUGAAGUAAGAAUGGUUUUAAAGAUAUGUUAGUCUGAAUGUGAUUUUAAAUGA